AUGUCCGACGACCAACAUCGGCGCACGGUACUUCCUCUGCCCCCGCGCCGCAUACGGUAUGGCGAAGAGGUAGACCGCGGUGCUCUCAGUCGGCGACUCAGGCGCCUCGCUGCCGACCUUGCUACUCCAUCCACGUCUGCUCCAUCGACCGCGCCCGGGAGGACAUAUUUCAAUCCCUUCUGGCUGCCAGCCACCCUACAAUUCCAUCCUGCCCCAUCAAUGAGGCAUGCUCCUCCGCGCACAGCGGCCCCUGUCCCCGAACAUAGCCAAUCCACAGGCCAAACCCCCAGCCCGCCGUCACAGAGCUCGCGGCAUCCACGCGCCCCUGCACAGCCGCGUACCCCAGCCGUGGCUCCAAAUGCUGCGGAGAAGCUCUCAGACAUGGAGAGAACGUUCCAGUGGAUGCGCGACGGUGGACGACUCCCUCCACUACCCUCCCCUCCAACACACCGCGUUCAAGACCCGUGUGCUUGCGCCGUGUACAGGUCUGAACACACGCAAAUUUUCCGUUUAAUUAGUGCGCGAUAA